AAAGCCCUUGCCUUUGUGCCAUCAUCAGCGCCUGUUGACCUGCUUCAUCACCCAGCUCCUCCGACGCCCCGAUGCACGCCUACAAGACCACCAGCCCGCGCCUGGCCGAAAACGAGAAGGUCUGCGUCUGUGUCGUCGACCCCUACUCCACCGGCGCCCACGUGUCAGCCGAGGCGUACUACCGCGGCUUCAAGGUUCUGGCCGUUUGGACGGACGAGUGCGGCGAGCUUGAAUCGCACAUUCCGCACGAGGUCGCGGCCAUCGAUGACCUGUAUUUCGCGCAGAUCCGCUACCCCUCGGCGGAAAUCAGCACGCUCGCCGCGCUCGGCAAGGCCAUCUCCGACGCCGCCACCGCCGCGGACGCCAAGUUUGAGCACAUCAUCGCCGGCGGCGAGUCGGGCGUCAAGGUGACGGAGAACCUGUCGGAGCUGCUCGGGCUGCGCGGCAACUCCACCUCGGGCGGCUUCGAGAACCGGCGCGACAAGAAGUUCCAGCAGGAGAAGGUCAAGGAGGCGGGCCUGCGCAGCGUGCGCCAGCUGCAAGGCACCGCUUGGAAUUCAGAGGUGGCGGCCUUCUGCGAGCAGGAGGUGCCCCUCAUCAUCAAGCCGGUCGAGUCGUGCGGCUCGGACGGCGUCAAGCUGUGCAAGACGAUGGGCGAGGCGGAGGCGCACUUCAACCUCCUCAUGACCGGACAGCGCAAGCUGGGCGCGCAGGGCGCCGCCGUCCUCUGCCAGGAGUUUCUUCAGGGCAAGGAGUACGUCGUCGACUGCGUCACCCGCGACGGCGUGCACAAGACCACGUUUGUGUGGGUCUACGACAAGCGCGAGGCGAACGGCGGCGGCUUCGUCUACUUUGGCAUGAUCCCGGUGCCGUCCGACGACCCGGUUGCAAAGGUGCUCAUCGAUUACACGGUCGGCUGCAUCGACGCGCUCGCCAUCGCCAACGGCGCGACGCACAACGAGAUCAUGAUGACCAAGGACGGGCCCUGCCUCGUCGAGGUCAACUGCCGCGUGCACGGCCACAGCGGCUCGUGGCUGCCGCUCACCGACCGCUGCACGGGCGGCAUCACCCAGGUGCGCUCGAACCUCGACAUCUUUGUAGACGGCGCCGCCUUCGACGCCCUCCCGGCCGUGCCUCGCCCGUUCGUGGCGUCAGGCACCAUCGUGAUGCUCGUCUCGUACCAGGAGGGCGAGGAGGUGCAGGCGACGCCUGGCUUCGAGACCAUCAAGACGCUGCCCUCCUUCACGACCAUCACCGAGAGCGUUGUGGUGGGCAUGCCCCUCAAGCUGACCGUCGACCUCUUCGACUGCCCCGGCGUGGUGGUGCUGGUGCACGACGAUGCGACCGUGAUCGACGCCGACCUCGCGACCAUCCGCAAGCUCGAGGAGGAGUGCAAGCUCUUCGAGGUGGCGCCCCGCAAGAGCAAGGCCUGCAAGGUGACGGAGUGAUCUCUAGAGAGAGUGCUCGAGGUGGAAGCGCGCCAGCCAGCCACAGAGUAGUGCUUGCGAAGUUGCGAUGAGACUCAGAGGACUGGGCGGCGUGCGUGUAUCAUUACGUUUUUUGGGAUUUUGAUGUACUGUGAUGCGUGAGUUUCCCGCUUGUGUCGAGGCGCGAAGUGAGAGAAACUUGUCGGUAUCUGAGAUCAACUCGAUC